AAGACACUGCCCACGCGAUCGCCGGAAAAUUGUCAAAAUCGUCGUCACCAUCAGUUUAUAAAAAUUAGAUGGAUAACGAUAAUAGGAGACCUAACCAAGAAGCCAAUAAGGAUACUAAGGAUUGGAGAAAUGGACUGCCGCAAGAGUCACGCGAAAGAUUUUUCAACCAGAUUUGAAGCUAAACAGUCAGACACGCAUUGUGUAAUAGUGCCCAUGCCAUCGCCGAAAAAAUCUCUAAAGCGCCACCACCAUCAGAUGAAUAACGAUAAUGGGAGACCUAAUCAAGGUACUGAAGGCAAUAGUCAUUGGAGAGAUGGACUGCAUCCAGAGAUACGCCAAAUGAACAUCAACAAGAUGGUUGAGUCGUUAAAAAGACAUCUUCCUGAUUCUGGUCAAGAUGUAUUGCCAGAACUUCAUAUGAUUGCUCAAAAGUUUGAAGAGAAGAUUUUUAAUGCUGCAACAAGCUGGCCUGAUUAUCUACUUAAAAUUUCUUCAAAGAUGCAUUCGAUAGACACUGGAUGUCAGUGCACCAAGGCCAACCCACCAAAUCAAGGUGGUUCUGAAAUCACCUACAUUAAAGUUGAAGCUCAGCAAUCAGACACGCAAAGUGUAAUAGUGCCCACGCCAUCGCCAAAAAUAUCCCUAAAGCGCCACCAACAUCAGAUGGAUAACGAUAACGGGAGACCUAAUCAAGGUACUGAAACCAUUAGUCAUUGGAGAGAUGGACUGCAUCCAGAGACACGCCAAAUAAAGUUCAACAUGAUAAUGGACAUGUUAAAAAGACAUGUUCCUUAUUCUAGUCAAGAAGGAUUGCAUGAACUUCAGUGUAUUGCUCAAAGGUUUGAAGAGAAGAUUUUUACUGCUGCAACAAGCCAGUCUGAUUAUGUGCGGAAAAUAUCUAUGAAGAUGCUUACACCGGAGAAUAAAUCCCAGGGCAGCAUGGUCAACGUUCCAAGUCAAAGUGGUUCUAGGACUAUCUAACUUGGAGUUGUUUUUAGUUUAGCUUAAGCAACUCGGACUCUAUUGUGUGAUUUUUUCACCCAAAUAAUACACAUGGACACAAAAAUUACUUAAAGAGGAUACUAUUCCAAAAUAUUUACACAUAUG